GAGUCAACAAUUCUCCUUGGUCCUGGAAGGCUGUCUGAAACGUGAGGGGAGAAGGUUCCUCCUAGAGAGCCGUGCCGACCGCCGUGAGCAAUAAUUAUUUAACUUACUAAUUACGUCCUUGCUUAGGUAUAGCUUGUUCCAAGUAUUUCUCAUUAAAAGCCCAUAAUAUACCUCUGUUCCAAAAUUGAAAGCACUAGCAUCAUCACCUCUCAUGGCGCUCUCCGAUACCUCUCGCCAAUCUCUCAUCCCCAGCUUCCUCUAUUCUUCCUCUUUCUCCAAGAAGUCCUUCGAUUUGGACCAUCUCGCUAACACCAGAAACCGUAGCCUGCCUUCCUCGCCAAAUGGAGCAGCUCCGACGAAGAGCUUCGUGGUUCCGGCUCCCAGCGAGCCCGCGAAGAUCGAGAUGUACUCCCCGGCUUUCUACGCCGCCUGCACCGUCGGAGGAAUCUUGAGCUGCGGUCUAACUCACACGGCCCUCACGCCUCUUGACCUCGUCAAAUGUAACAUGCAGAUUGACCCUACAAAAUACAAGAGCACUUCUUCUGGAUUUGGGGUUUUGCUGAAAGAGCAGGGACUUAGAGGCUUCUUUAGGGGUUGGGUGCCGACCCUUCUCGGUUACAGUGCUCAAGGUGCAUGCAAAUAUGGAUUCUAUGAAUUCUUCAAGAAGUACUACUCCGACAUUGCUGGGCCUGAGUAUGCAGCCAAAUACAAAACCUUGAUCUACCUCGCUGGAUCUGCAUCUGCUGAAGUAAUUGCUGAUAUUGCCCUUUGCCCCAUGGAGGCAGUGAAGGUUCGUGUCCAAACCCAGCCUGGUUUUGCCAGAGGUUUAUCAGAUGGGUUUCCCAAGUUUGUCAAGUCGGAAGGUGCUCUUGGGUUGUACAAGGGGCUUGUUCCUCUAUGGGGACGUCAGAUUCCAUACACAAUGAUGAAGUUUGCAUCUUUUGAGACAAUUGUCGAGAUGAUGUACAAGUACGCUAUCCCAACACCAAAAGACCAGUGCAGCAAACCCCUGCAGCUCGGAGUGAGCUUUGCUGGUGGAUACAUUGCUGGUGUAUUCUGUGCUAUUGUAUCACACCCUGCAGAUAACCUUGUCUCUUUCCUUAACAAUGCCAAAGGGGCAACCGUGGGUGAUGCCGUGAAGAAGAUGGGAUUGUUGGGUCUUCUUACCCGCGGGCUUCCUCUUCGUAUUGUUAUGAUUGGAACCCUUACUGCUGCUCAGUGGGUUAUCUAUGAUGCUUUUAAAGUUUCUGUUGGCCUGCCGACUACUGGUGGUGUUACUCCACCUCCUGCUGCUGCUGCUGCUGCUGCUGCUGAGCUUGCAUAGAUGUGAACUUAUGGCCAGUAAUUGACAGAGUCAAAUACUUAUAUUUUUGUGAUUACAUUGAGAAAGGAAAUCUUUUUCAAUGGGUAUUUUAGGUUUGGCGAUGCCUUUUGUAAUUGGCAUCUGUUGCUCGGGUGUAUUCUAUUCUUAGACAGCAACUGGUUCUCUUACAUUUGCAGCUGUUUUACAAAGGCAUUAGGGUCUGAUGCUUUUCAUCUCUUUUACGCAAGAUGGGUCUUUUACGCAAGAUGGGUGUGUUGAAUCUUUAUUCACCAUCUCCUUCUUGAGGGGACGUAUUAUUAGAUGCUGCAUUAAAACAGCAGCAGCAGAUUCUCCAUCAGAUGCUGCAAUACUGAGCAGCAGCAGAUCAUCUCACACGCAGCAGCAGCAGCAAUUCUUCUCACGCAGCCCACAGCUCUAAUUUAAUUAUUGUUUUCAGCAGUAGCAGCAGUUUGUUGUGUUAGCUGUUGCCAGCUGCAGAGUAGCAUUCCAGUUACUUCAGUUAGUUGGUGUUAGCUGUUAGUAGUAACAGAGCUAGCAGCAGCAAUUAGCUCUUAGUUCAAGCUUAGUUAUUGAGUUAUUAUUUUUUAUUCUUCGGUUGUUAAUUCAGUUGUUGAAUUAUUGGAUAUAUACUCUGUUGUAAGCUACUCUUCAAGCAAUAAAUGAAGUUGAAAUACUUUCAUAAA